UUCCUACCAGGCAGUGGUAAGGCUGCAUCGGUCUUUUGCUCUGCAUAAUAAAGGGCAAACCGCCUGCUUGUCAACACGGAUUUCAGGGUGAAACUUUUCCACAAGCGUCCUCCGGUUUGCUUGUUGUCCAGAAAAGCUGAAAAGACUUGCGCAGCCCACCCAGGGACACCAAAUUGUCGUGGAAAUUAGACAACACUCGCAGACUCGUCCUCUUAAGAGCAGUCAUGUCUGACAGGAAAGCAGUAAUAAAAAAUGCGGACAUGUCGGAGGAGAUGCAGCAGGAUGCUGUUGAGUGUGCUACCCAGGCUCUAGAGAAGUACAACAUUGAGAAAGACAUUGCUGCCUACAUCAAAAAGGAGUUUGACAAAAAAUACAACCCCACCUGGCACUGCAUUGUCGGAAGGAAUUUUGGCAGCUACGUGACCCAUGAGACGAAGCACUUCAUCUAUUUCUACCUGGGCCAAGUGGCCAUUCUGCUGUUCAAGUCUGGCUGAGACGGAGCUUUACCUCAUCAUCACCUGACCAUUUAUUACUGACUGACUACAGAAAGGCUGAGCAUUCCAGUUCUGGGACCUGCCUUCUCUUGGCUGCUUUCCCCUCUUUUUGUUUUAAGAAAAUGUACAAGGAAAAAACAUGAGUAAAGAACAUAUUUAUUUUUUUUCUAUACACAGGCUGAACAGUUGUCAUUUCAGUGUGUGUUUUUUAUUUUAUUUUAAUUAAAACAAAAUGGUUUGGCCCACUG